UUUCAAAACGUCACAACUUUCCAGAGAUCGCUUUCAUAACAGGACACAUGAACUUAGCUCGGCUCGGAAAUCGCUCUGAACGCGAGGCGUCUGGAUUGCUUCCGUGCAAAACAGAUUCCCCCAGAAUCACGCUGAAACAUCCCGGAGUUCACUCGCAACGUGACGUGCCAAAUAAGUGAAUCAACAUAUUGUAAGCUCCACCCAAAUCUAGAAAGUUAAAACCGCUAAACCAAAAAAAAAAAUCAAGAAAUUGUGGAAUGAAACUACCAAAUAUUCUUGUGACAGGUACACCCGGCGUUGGAAAGUCGCAUCUCUGCAAGCGUCUGGUCGAGCAAUGCGAAUUCAAAUGGCAAAACGUGUCCGACAUCGUCAGCGAGCACGGCUUCGUCGAGGAGUACGAUGAGGAGUUUGAGUGUCCGGUGCUGGAUGAAGACAAGCUGCUAGACUAUCUGGAACCGAUUAUGCAACAGGGUGGGAACGUCGUCGAGUAUCACAGUUCGGAGUUCUUUCCGGAGCGAUGGUUCGAUGCGGUUUACGUCGUGCGAUGUGCCACCUCGCUGCUGUUCGAACGGUUACAGGCCCGGGGAUACAAUGAGCGCAAAGUCAAAUCGAACAUGGAAUGUGAAAUUUUCCAGAUCCCACUGGAUGAAGCCAAAGAUUCCUACCGGAAGGAGAUUAUUCACGAACUGCAGAGCGACAAAGGGUCCGACCUGGAGGAUGCCAUGAAAGAGAUCUGCGAGUGGCUGGACACUUGGCGAGCAGCCAAUGAGAGCAAGCAGUGAACGCGUCUUUUUAUAGAACACAUCCACACACCACAUACUGUGCAUUUAAUGCAUCGCUGCAAAUUUAUUCGCUUCUGGUUAGAAACCCACCUUUUAUGCUAGGUUUAUCUCUGUUCAAAAUUUUACGGAGCAUGGAUUUACUGUCCUGGGUAAAAAGUCUGAGUAUUUAUUGAAUUUUGGCCUUUCGAAAUUGUUACGCAUUAUGCAUUUUUUAAGAAAAGAAGGAAAAGUAAUAAAUUAUUAUCGUCACUGG